UUCUCUUUUAUCUUCCUUGUCUUGAACAUGUGGUUAACUACGAUUGUUUGUGCCGUCGCUUCCGAUCUUGCAGGCUCAGUCAUCGUCAUUAUCAAGACUUGGAUCGAAGAUUGCCAGGACCGUCAAGAGAAAUCGUAAAGUCAUGACUAUCUCGAUUAAAAAUACGGUCGUAUGGAACCCUUCGCCCGAUCCGACGACACCCAACUAUGGGUUUGUCGAGGGUGCAAUCCCGCUGCUGUUCCACCUUGCCGAAAACUUCAACCUGCAUCUGAUUUUGCUUUGUCCACCACUUCAGCAAAAACAACAACCGACCCAGGCCAAUGGCAAGGGUAGGGUGCCCACGAUUCAGGAACAGGACGAGUUGAAGCACCAGCAGCAAUUGGGCCAGGAUCGGGACAGGGAACAGAUCCUGACUAUGCUCAGGAACGCAGGAUUGAUCACGACUCCUGGUAGCCGUGGUCCCAAACUGAUUGAUCCCCGCCAGGUUCUGGUUUGUGAGACCGAGGAAGGUGUGAGCCAUGUGGUCCGCCACCUGGAGAGUCAGGUCCAUGUGGAGGCUCAGCAGACUGUGCUUGAGAUGGUGCAGGGUGUGGUGCCAAAGGUUGUGUUUGUACAAAAGAGGCCAGGACACAGUCGGGCGUCUUCGACUGCGAGCGGCCAUGUGGAUGAUGUGAUGACUCGUUCGCAUGUCCGUGUGCGAUCGACCUCAAGGUCUUCGAGUGCAGGAUCGGGGUCGGAGGAUCACCACGCGGAGAUGGGUGUCAAUGGAUCAUCUUCGUCGCCAUCAUCAUCACAGGUGCUUGGGGAGUCGUUCGUGGAGGUGAUGAAGACAGCACCGGCGGCGCCGUUGGUCUCGGGAUAUGUAACACAGGCGGGCAAGAGGGGAUAUGUGGAGGUGACGGAUCAGCUGAUGCGUAGCAGCCUGAACCCCGAGUACAGCAACUAAGAACCCAUCCAUUCUUGUGCUCCAAUAUUCCAUUCUAAACAGCUCCACUCUCUCAUUAAAGCAGCAUGCUUUUGUACUAUACAACGUGUUGGAUGGUUCUGAAUGCGUUUGAUCAGCAAUAUGAUGGUUUGUACCAGCAUCCAUCUACUGCGUCAAUCACCCGUGGAAGCUGUGAUGUAUAUAUAGUGCAUGACCACUCAGGCCUGAAAGAGGUGGAGUAGCCUCCUGACAGAGAUACAUAGUAUUACUUGGGGGUUACCAGGAAUUUGAAGAUGGAUCGGUACAACGUGUGUGAGGCUGAUUGUGAGCAAGUCUGGCGAUACACCAUGACCAUGCCAUACUCAAAAGUACACUGCAACACAUGAUGUGCCAUAGUGCGGUAUGAAUCUGGAUAACGUUGAGCUCUUCUGCCG